GUAAAAUUUGAUGCAAAGUUUCAAAAGUUCUAAAAUGGAUAAUGGAUUAUUCCCUUUCAGUAGUCCAUUCGACUUCAAUGGAAUCCAAGGAAAUUACAACCUUCCUGAUUUCGAGAAAGAUGGUACUGUAAUAAAAGGAAAACAUGACCCUCUGUUUGGAUUCCAAGAAAUUGGAGAUGAUCCAGACAAUGAUCCUGUUUUUCCUAAUCAUGGUCUUUAUCCAAACGUAACAAAGAUGUCUGAAAAUCAAGAACAACAACAGGGACGAGCAGCAACCAAGUCAGCUUUUUCCGAUGAAUACAGUUUCAGCUCUGUUUUCUCGGGAAACAUGGUGUUCCAAGAAUUUUCUAGGCCGGAAAACAUGAAACCCAUUAAGGACAGCAAUAUGCAGUCUUCGUGUCGGUCGUCGUCUCUGGAACUGCUAACCAAUUACGGAAAUGGUUUCAAGAAAUUGAGAUUCAGCAAAUAUGUUGGGAGUGACGGCAGGGAUGGAACGGAUGAACGUGGUGGCAGCCAGAAGAAACUUUCAGCGGAGGAGAUCAUGAGGGUGACCGGAGCGAGGUACAUACAGCUUUCGGACAUGAGGUACGAUGAUUUCUCCAUGAUUAUGCAUCCGUUCGGUCAUGCUCUUUCGGGUUUGUCCGAUGACGAGAAGAAAGACGUCGAGCUCGUGCACUUACUCCUAACCGCAGCGGAGAAAGUUGGUUACGAACAAUUCGAACGUGCUAGCCGGUUGCUUUCGCGUUGCGAAUGGAUUGCGUCGGAACGAGCCAGUCCGGUCCAACGGAUCGUAUAUUAUUUUGCCGAAGGUCUUCGAGAAAGGAUUGAUACAGGAAUGGGGAGGAUCAUAGCGAAGGAACCGGAGAUGAUAUUUAAGACCGGUAUUGAAAACGGGUUGAAUACGAACCUUAUAUCGGUUAGAAUUCAUGAGUAUGUACCGUUUUUUCAAGUAACGCAAUUCAUGGGAAUACAAGCCAUUCUAGAGAACGUGGCAUCUGCUAGUAAGAUCCAUAUAAUUGAUCUUGAACUUCGGAGUGGAGUUCAAUGGACCGGCCUAAUGCAAGCUCUGGCGGAACGUGAAAUUCGCCACGUCGAGAUUCUCAAGAUAACGGCCGUGGGAUUUGUCGGCAACGAGAAGAUAGCGGAGACCGGAAAGAGGUUGGAAAGUGUUGCUGCAUCGUUUAAGUUACCCUUUUCGUUCAUUGCGGUUUACGUCGAAGACAUGGAAGACAUCAAGGAAGAGUUAUUGAAAAUCGGAAACGACGAAUCGUUGGCUGUUUUCUGUCCGUUGGUGCUUAGAACAAUGAUUUCAAUUCCUACAUGCUUGGAAAAUCUGAUGCGGGUGAUGAAAAAUUUGAACCCUACUGUAGUAAUUGUCAUCGAAAUCGAAGCAAACCACAACUCUCCGUCGUUCGUGAACCGAUUCAUCGAAGCGUUAUUCUUUUACAGCACAUUUUUUGACUGCCUUGACACUUGCUUGGAACAUGAAGGUGAAUUGAGAGCCGAGGUCGAGUCCGUGCUUUGCAAUGGGAUUCGGAACAUUGUGGCGACGGAAGGCAAAGAGAGGGUCGUUAGAAGUGUGAAGUUGGAAGUGUGGUCGGCAUUCUUCGCGAGGUUUAGAAUGACCGAAUUGGGGUUUAGCGAGUCUUCCUUAUACCAAGGUAGUUUGGUGAUCAAACAGUUUCCGAGUGCCGCUAGUUAUUGCACGCUUGACAAGUGCGGAAAGAGUGUGAUUGUUGGAUGGAAGGGAACUCCGGUUCAAUCGGUUUCGGCCUGGAAGUUUUCGAGAGAUAGAGGGAGGGUAUUCGGAAACUAUAGAUUCUGAAAUCCGAAAUUGUUAGUAGUUUAUUACAUUGUAGGUUCAUUGAGUUCAAAUGUUAAACAAUAAACUCUUAGUUUUCCAUGUUUUCUUGCAUGUUUAUGUCUAUUGGUUGGUGCAAUCAGCAGGUUACCUAUAAUGGCAAUUUCAUGUUU